AUGAACCCAGAUUUUUUGGAAUUUAAAGAAGAUGUUUGGGAUUUGGAUCAGUGGAAAAAGGCCGAGAAAUUUUAUACAUCCAGAAGACUAACAAUAGCAUCUCUGGAGCAUUUUGGACACUUUCAGGCAGGAUUUAUUAGAAUCAAAGCAACUAAUUCUAAUCAAAUGGUAGAUUUGAAAAAGAAGAUGUCUGAAGACCCUUCAUCAGCUAAAAGAAGAAAAAUCGACGAUAUCGAAGAAGAAGAAGAAGACGUCAUCGUCCAGGACGACGCGAUAGUCGAGUUUCCAGAGGAGCCAGAAGACGAAUCGUCACCAAUCGUAGCAGAAGAGUCCGGACCACUGGAAAUGCCAAAGAGGCAUGAGGAGCCAGCCGAACCGGAUGUUGAUAUCGUUGGAGACGUGGAUGAGGAGGAGCCAGAGCAUCUGCUACACCCAGAAGACGAUGAGCUCAUCCCAGACGAGAGUUCAUCCGACGAAUUGAUGCGUACACCGACGAAGAAGCGUUUCUCAUCACGCGUUCCCGAGCAGGAUCAUGCGAAUUCCGAUGGCGAACGCGUCUUCUCGAAUUUUCCGUGUCAAGUGAUUCCAGAAACUCUGGGCAGAAUGACCCGGACGCCUCCAGAAGGCGAGAAUCUGAUUGUCUACAAAAAUGCGAACGGACGUCUUCGAAUCUUCGUCGAGGGUAACGGAAAAUCGUAUUCCGUCUACAGUAACCUGACCCAUAAACCGUGUACGGUGUGCAAUCGAAUCAUGAAAAUCGGCGAGAUGCAUUUGAAUUUCCCGGCUGAUUUAGAUCGCCGGAGAAUUUGGGCGAAUUUGUUGGGAUUCAAGUAUAAGGACAUUCUGCGCAGUAAGAUGGGGCCUGUAUCGUUCUCCAUUGCGGCUGGGCCAAUUUGUACGGAACACUUUGCAGAGGAGUGCUUUCGAAAUCAUAAUUUCAAUAAAUCUGCGAUUGAGGCGUUCGGCGUGCCGGUGGCGAUAUCACCAGAUGUUAAGACGACUCCCAGCAAGAAGAGAGUUCCAUGGGUGUGUACGAUUUGUGAUUUCCACUCGUGCAGUGUCGUCGAACUACAAACCCAUUUGUUGGACCACACCGAGGAGAUGUUGAAGAAAAAGGACAGUUUGGUUGAUGUACCCGAAGCCGGUUUCAUGUGUCCAUUCUGUCGAAAAUGUACGUAUGGGUACAAGACGAUUUCCGGAUACCGACGUCAUCUGAACGCCGGACCCAUACACCACUGCCACUUGCGUAGGAUCUACGAAUUCGCGAAAAUGAACUGCCGAGCUACAGAACUGGAUCCAGUGGAUUCCUGGGACAACUGGACGAGAAGGAAUGUCUACGUGGCUUACCAUGGAUGUGAACCUCCAGCCAAUGAGAUCGUACUAACACCAUCGCCAACGAAGAAGGCGUACACUCAGAAUCCGGAAGAGAGGACGAGAAUGGUUCAUGACGCGGAGAGACGGAAGAAGGCGGUGCGGAGUUUGUCGUUUGUAGGGAAGGAAGGGGGAACGAGUGUAAACGAUCAUAACGUGAUGCAACGGCAAGUCUAUCUCCAAAUUCGACGAGAGUUGGAGCAUGCGAAGAAGACGGAGGCGUUGUCGGAGGCAGGGCUGGCUAGUGGAGAUUUGAGAAGACGUGUUAUUGGAGGAAUGGGAAGAGCAGAAGGAGGAGGUGGAGAGGAUAAUUGGCUUGAGUCGAUGGGAAUGGAAGAGGAGCAAAUCGAGGAAGACACCUCCGACCCACAAACACCAAUGGGAUCAGCGGAAAAGAAGUCGUCAUCACAACCCACACCAAUCGCCACGUCAUCUGUCACAUCGUCGCCAGUCAAAAAACCGAUUCUAGAAGUGAAACCAGCUGCUUCUGCACCACCAACUCCAGUCAAAAAGCGUAAAAUCGCUCCAGCCACUGUGGAGCCAAAGGCGCCGCCACCAGAAGACGCUCCAGAAGACACUCCAGAAGAGGUGGCGAUCUCAUCAGAAGAAGCACGUGAACGUCAGAAGCUUCGAGAUGAGCAAUUCGCGGAGAUGGUACAGAAGCGAUCCCAGCAAGUGAAGCGGUUGAUAAAUGCGAAGAAGUUCAAAAAAUCGGAACGAUCGCCUCAGAAGCCGCGGAAGGCGUUGCAGUACACACUGAUGAAGGGAAUCACGUCGAGUGGGGAAGCAGUGACGUCAUCGGUGGAAGAAGGAAAAUCGCCAUCGACACGUGAUCAGUCUCCAGAAGCACGCUCAUCACCGAAACCAUCCACCUCUACCGCCAAAAAGACACACCAAUCUGCUCCUGCAGUUCGUGUCACCCGUAGUCAAAAAGCUGGAAUUCCAACGCCACCAGCGCCUCCAAAAUCCAAUAAAGCACCAGAACCAACUGCUCCAGAAUCUUCAGAAUCCUCACAAAAAUCAUCUGCUCCAGAAUCCCCAGCUCCAGAAUCCCCACGAGCUCCCGAAGAACGUCCAUUGAAGUCGAUGCUCGCGCGAUCUCUGACCGCUGGAGUCCGUCCUUCGAUGGCUAAAUAUCACGUGCCAUUGGAACAAGAAAAGCCAUCUGGAACGACGUCUUCUGGAGUUCCAACAGGCGCGGGAACGGCGAAAUCGAUCUCCACCGGGUCUAUAUUACCUAGACGUGCUGGAUCAUCGUCGCCUGGAGGAAUAUUCUCGCAGAGGGUUAUGGGUGCAGUUGCUCAGGAGAAGGGAAUGUCCAAACGACCGUCAGUCCUCGCCCGCCGUCCACUGAUCCUCUCUCCAAGAAAACGUGGCUCCACAACUCCUCGCCAAAUGUUCUCUCAUCACGAAUCCUCUCCAUUGAUAUCCGCAUCAUCACCAAUGGGAAUGACAGCGUCUUCUUCCCACGACGACAUCAUCAUCUCUGCGAAAGACCUGGAAGUUGGAAUGAUCGAAGAGGUCAUCGAUUCGGUGGCUUCUGGAAACGCGACGACGUCAGAUGACGUCCUCAUUCAUGGAUCGGAUCGUGCGUUGACACUGGUUGAAGCUCUGGCAGGAGGCACUGGAUCGGAUGUGAAGGAUCAGGAUUUCGAAGAGAUUACGAAGAAGAUGAACGAGGACAAUCAUUAUUAUCGUGCCAUGGAGGACGCGAUUCGCGGGAGAACGGUGACAAAAAUGCGGGCAGAUAUGCGGCUCUCCAGACAGUGUAUCAGACAAAUUGAGGCUGCUAGAGCGAGAGCCCGUCUGUUUGGAGAAGGAAGCGAAGGCGACUAUCAGAUAUGGUUCAGCAAUGAUGGCGCUCAAGUGGUGAGUCUUCAUAAAAAUAAUCCAAAAUGGAAGGAUCCCCAGGACAAUCCACAACAACCGGGACCAUCGACAUCUUCCUCUUCUCAUCAAGCCUAA